AUUGGUAUUGAAGGAACUAGAUACUGUUCCGAAAUAUCACUUACUCGAACCGUCCUGACCGCGUAGCUCAGUUGGAAGAGCAUUGGGCUAGUAUUCCAAAGGUCGUAGGUUCGAAUCCCACCGUGGCCGGGCAUAUUUUUCAAGCUCGCCCGGGGUGGAUAUGCACUCAGAGUAACAUCACAAUCAUAAAGACAAGAUAGUUAUAACUCCUCGGGCUUAUAAUAAGAACGAAGUUUCUGUCGAAACCAUGCACAUUUCCUGCCAAUCUGACACAUAUCAACCCGACCACGACUAUGGUGGAGUGAUUAUUUACCAAUACAACGGUAAAUCAGAAUGGAAAACCGCCAACAACACUCAUUGUAUCUCAUUCAAGACACAGAUUCAGAAAAUGUUAAGAAGUGGAAGAGUAAAGAGCCUGGUGCAGUUCACGGAGCUGUCUAUAGAAAUGCCUUUGGUGAAUCUGUGAACGAGGCGGAAGUCGUUGGCGAAGGUUUUGCAAUACGGAAAGAAAAGUUUGCAAUGUGUUCAGGCGUUUUCAAUAACCCACAGGGCAGUGAAUUUCACGAUCAUCGCAGAAGGAUGCAUGAAUUAUCGGAGCAUUGCGUCAGAAAGGUUGUGGAGCAUUGGCAGACUGCAAGUCUUGAGGGGACUUUUGAAGUAAAAGCAUUGCUCAAAGAUUUUGAAUUCGACUCACUUCUAAGACAUAUAGUAUAACAUGCGAGAUAUUCUUCCCGAACUGUAUACAAUAGAUGUACAUAUACACGUAUAAUUUGACUGAUCACGACAUUAAUUCAGUUAGAGAUACUGAUUAAAUAAUACGAAAAUUGGCCUAGCAAUCAGUAUUUAACACCAUUGAAAUGAAUAUAACUGGAGUGCUACCUUCAGAUAAAAUGCCUAUAUCUUUUCUUGAAGCCAAAUCUUGAUCCCCAGACACGCGUGUCAUGAUUGACUGAUUGAGCGCUUUUCGCAUGCGUGAAAAAACUGGGACUGGUCAUCCAGUUCGGCUUCAAAUUUCCGGUUGGAGGUAGCGUUCCAGUUAUAUAUGUUCAUUUCAAUGGUUCACACUAAUGGCUACCUGGACAUUUUGCUGAAAGACACUAUAUGCCGAAAGACAUUUUGCCGAAGGACAUUUCAUCGAACGGAUUUUUCGCCGAAAGGCAUUUUUAGCCGAAAAUAGAGAUGUUAUUUCGUCACAAAAUAUUAAAUACUUUGCAUACUUCAUGUUCGGAAAAUAUAGUGGUUUUGUCAGCAAGGCGAGGGUUGCUGCAUGCAUGUAUAUUUUCCAGUAUAGUAUUGAACGGCCAUAGUUGGAAACUCCAAACAAAAGAUAAACAUUAAUAGACAUAAACAGACACCAUUAGUCGUAACACAAGAUGCAGGUUGUUUAAUUACAACAAAAAAUAUAGCGAAGACGCUAUGUUGCACAAUAUGUCGAACCACCAAGGCGGGAUAUUAAUUAUUAGGUGGGUUCAUUCCAGUCACUGAGCUUCCCGACAAACCAGUCUCAUAUGAACUGGUCCUACGUAUUUGCUUGAGAAACC